AUGUUCUUGAACACGGCAUCCCCCCGGAGGUCAUUCAGCAUCCCCAUUAACAUCAACCUGCAUGGCGCCCGCCGGCGGCAGACACGGGAGCUGGUUCACGCCGCCGUGCAGCACGAGCAGGAGUGGAGCCGGGGGGCCGACGGGCGCGGCGGCGGGGCCCACGGGGCUCGAACCCAGGUCCCGGUGUCCAGCGUCGGGGAGGACCGGGCCAUCCUGCUGGGCUUCGCCAUGAUGGCCUUCUCCGUGCUCAUGUUCUUCGUGGUCGGCAUCACCACGGUGAAGCCCUUCGUCAACGGUCACUGGGCGGAGGAGGCCGGCUGCGUGCUGCAGCGGACCCAGGUCCCGGAGGACUGGGUGGACUGCAGGGGGGUGAGCGCCGUGCCGUGCCUCAGGGUCACCGUCAACCUCACCGCCUCCAACCGGGCCGCCUUCCUCCACUUCGACGAGGAGCCGGUCCUCCACGCCACCGAGUGUUUCUACGUCCCCAAAUGUCAGAUGGACCGAGCGGCGCUGCAGGACGAGGUCCAGAGAGUGAAGGACAGCCUGGACCGUCGUCUGGGGACGCCGUCCUCGUGUCUGCUGGACCGGGCCGGGCACCCGAGCCACGCCAUCCUGAACAGGAAGUACACCCUGAGCAGGGCCCUGCUGGCCCUGCUGUGGCCCUGCCUGAUGCUGGGUGGCGGGGCCCUGCUGGUGGGCCUGGUGAAGCUCACUCAGUGCCUGGCCCGCCUGUCGGCGGAGGUGAGCGGCGAGGCGGCGGCGGCGGCCCGGCUGGCUUCGCGGCUGCACGCCCACGGUCGGCUGUACCGGCUCCUCCGGAGGCCCAGCAUGCAGUCGUCCUCCUGA